UAGAAGGGAUUUUGUUUGGAAAAUUAGGAGCCUGCAAAUCCAAAUGGUUGGUUUUUGGUUCAAUUGGAUGUAGCUUGAUGGUUCUAUAUGAUCCUAGCUGAGAAUUUAAAUCAAUAUAAAACAAAUAUAACUAAUCUAAAACUUCAAUAAAUCCUAAACUUCAAUUCAAUCAAAACCCAUUAGGAUAUAAAAUUUUAGAGUACUAAUGAUUAUAUAUGACAAUUCAAUAAUAUUAUAAUACGUAAAAUAAAAUAAAAAAUUAAAAGAGAGAAGUUGAUUAGGCAAGAUCAUCUUCUUAUCUAAAUCAUGAUGAAAAUAUAUGUCUAAUUAUUAUUUUCACAUAUUAUUAAAAUAACUACAAUAAUUUAAUAUUAUAUUAUAUUUGUUUUUAUUAGCGGGAGAUGUAAAUUAGAUUUUUUUUUAUUAAUUAAUUGUUAUUACGAAAUUAUAAUAAUUUAUGAUUAAUUUAGCAGUUGGCAUAUAAAAGGAUCAUGCAUGCAACUGAAUAAACCAUAAAUACCUGCACUACAAAGAAAGCUUCUCGCUCUUUUUAUCUCCUCCAUUACUAAAAUCGUCGAGCACCUGCCAAAUCCUAAAUCCAUCUCUGCAUCUGUUAAACCCUAAGAAACAACUCCAAUGGCGAUCAAGGACCUUACUUUUCUCAUCUUUCCUCUUAUUUUAUCUUUGCUUAUGCUCUGCUCGCAACAUUUUGCGCACAGUGCAUCGUUUUUCUCCACCACAACAGGCGGCCGAUGGGCCAUUCUUCAAGAAAGCAUAGGCAUCUCCGCCAUGCACAUUCAGGUUCUCAAGAACAACAAGGUCAUCAUCUUUGACCGCACUGAUUUUGGCUUCUCCAAUCUCUCUCUCCCAAACGGCAUUUGCCGCUGUAACAAUGAAACCAUCAGACACAAAGACUGCACUGCGCAUUCCGUCUUAUACGACAUCGCUUCCAACUCAAACCGUCCUCUCACCAUCUUAACCAACACCUGGUGCUCUUCCGGCGCUGUCGAUCCCAACGGCACUUUUAUCCAGUUCGGCGGUGACAAAGAAGGUGAGCGCGUAAUUCGUGCGUUCACCCCUUGUGAUGAUGAUUCUUGCGACUGGGUUGAGCUCUCUAGGCCUCUCUUUAGCCGAAGAUGGUACGCCAGUAGUCAGAUACUCCCUGACGGUCGGAUCAUCGUCGUUGGUGGCAGAAGGGUGUUUACCUACGAGUUUUAUCCCAAGACUUCUCAAACGGGGGAUAAUUUUUUCUUGCGUUUCUUGGUGAAAACCAGAGACCCACAAGAAGAGAACAAUCUUUAUCCCUUUUUACACCUCUUGCCCGAUGGGAAUCUUUUCAUUUUUGCCAAUAAUCGAUCGAUCUUGCUUGAUUAUACGAGAAACAAGGUGAUCAAAGAGUACCCAGUUUUGCCCUACGGCGCUAGGAACUUCCCAUGCACCGGCUCUUCCAUUUUGCUUCCUCUCCAGUUAAACAGAGGGACUGACGCGGCUGAAUUACCCGAGGCGGAGGUGAUGAUCUGCGGCGGCUCAAAGCACGGCUCCUAUGUGAAGGCUUACACGGAUCAGGUUUUCGAGGAAGCGUCGAGGACGUGUGGGAGGUUAAGAGUAACAGACCCGAAACCCAGUUGGAGCAUGGAGCUCAUGCCCACUCCACGGGUCAUGAAUGAUAUGUUACUAUUACCCACCGGUGCCGUCAUCCUUAUCAACGGCGCCACAAAUGGCAGCGCGGGAUGGAACGACGCCGUGAACCCAGUUUUCCAUCCGGUUCUUUACCUCCCUGAAGAGCAUCCGGCUCAAAGAUUCGUGGUCAUGAACCCAUCGGACAUUCCAAGAAUGUACCACUCCACAGCAGCGCUUUUGCCAGAUGGAAGGAUCCUAGUGGGUGGGAGCAAUCCACACCCAACGUACAACUUCACAGCAUAUCCGUACCGGACGGAACUGAGUUUGGAGGCGUUUUACCCGCCAUAUCUGGACCCACUGUACGCACAUCUAAAACCAACGAUUCUGGGAGUGAAGUCAACGGGGGGAACGGUGUCGUACAAGGAGAUGUUCUCCGUGACAUUCGUGUUGACGUUUUACCGUUCAGAUUUGGGGAUGUCGGUGGUAAUGAUGACGCCGUCGUUUAACACUCACUCAGUGUCUAUGAACCAAAGGAUGCUGGUCUUGAAGUUGGUGAACGUGGAGAGACUGUUAGCUUAUGGAUAUAAGGUCAACGUGAUUGGGCCCACAAAUGUCAAUGUGGCCCCACCUGGGUAUUAUAUGCUUUUUCUGGUCAACGCUGGCAUUCCCAGCCAUGCUGUUUGGGUUAGGGUGCGCUGAAAAACAAUACUGAUCUAAAUUUGUAUAUGAUGCUUAGGAGGUCAGUUUAGGCAUUAGAUAGAAUCACAUGUAAAGCAGAAUGUACAUUUGUAUGCAAUUUUCAAUUUCAAUUAUAAUCCUCCAGAAAAUUUCUCUCUUGUUUCCUUUGGUGCUCAGCGUCUUUACGUUUUUGAAGAACUCACCUCGCUGAUACGGAAGUUAGAGCAUGCAUUUCGUCGAACACCUCGCUAGGACAACUAUUUAUUGUUUUUUCAAAAGCUCCAAAGGGAUGAUGAUGAUUUGUGUCAUAUAAUGAAUUACCUAAUUAAUCGUUUUUGCACUACAUCCCUUUGCUGAACUUGAUUUUAUAUGUCAUAAUAUUUUCUUGUCGAUUCCUUGGAAUUAGUUUCUUUUGGUGGGUUACAGUGACUUUGAAUGAAGAAAAUCAAGCUAAUUUUUUACAUAUUUUGUUGAUUUGUGGCUUACUCUUGCAAUUUUUUAAUAUAAAAUGGUGGAUGCGCUUGCUGAAUUGUAAUGUUUAAAC